AUGGAAAAAAAGGAAGAGGAUUGCACUCACGGUCUGCAGCAACAGGAAUGGUAUUGGGCGAAUGCUUCCAAGGAGGAAAUUGCUUCAGCUAUAUGCGACUGUCCAAGUGGUACAUUUUGUGUACGUGAUGCUUCAACGAAAGGAAAUUAUACUCUUACACUUAGAUAUGGUGAGAGGAAUCGCUUAAUAAGGAUUAUCGUUGCUGGUGAGCACUGUGGUUUUACGGAAGAUAUGUUAAAAUUUGAAUCAGUUGUGUCAUUAAUUGAUUACUACCGAAGAAAUUCCUUGUUGGAAUACAAUCGGCAGCUUUCUACUGAACUUCUCUAUCCACUUCGUAAACCAAAUUUCGAACAAACUUCUUGGGUUAUCAAUGGCGUACGUAGUGUGGAACAUUUGCUUUGUCAAUUACGUGGUUUGCAUGCUGCUCAUUUACGCUUUAUACGGCAUGAUGAUCAGAUUACGGCAAAGCUUGAUUCGUUAAAAGAGGAAUUGCAAAGAAAGCGACAAGCACAUGCUGCAUUUUCUGCUGCAUACGCACUUUUCUUGAAACAAAUGGAAUUGCUUGAUAGCAAUAAGCAAAUGUUAUUCGAUGAAGCCGAAAUUGCACAAUCAAACAAAAAUAAGGAGGCUCAGCAGAGGAGAUCAGAAAGUAUACGCUAUCAGCAGCAGCAAAUGAUUGAGCAUAUUGAAGCGAUUGAACAAAGUAUUAGAGAAAAUGAGGCUGUGCACUGUAGUUUGACUCCGAAACUUUCGAAAUUGCACAAAGAACUGGACAUUUGUCAAUUCCGUCUCUGUCAGCUUAAUGUUUCUCAAACAGCAAUGGAUAAAGUGUUGCAAGAAGUGUCGCUUUUAGCUGAUUUGGAGCAAGAACCACUGGCAAGAAUAUUACUUCAGUUAACACUGCGGUGGCAACCUGAUAGAUAUCUUUCGCUUGAUUGUACAAAGGAUAGCGCCUUCAAAGUUAUUCGGUCAUUGAUGGACUGUAAUCCUCACAAUUCAAGUGGAAUAUUUUUAAUUCGCCCUAGUCAGUCCCAAACAGGUCACUAUGCACUGACUAUAUCAAAUGAAAAUCAUAUAUUCAAUUGCUUGAUUGAGUACAGAGAUUUAAAGCAUCCAGAAUCGUCAGGAUAUGCAUUUCUGAACACGAGAUUAUUUUUUCCCUCUUUAGUCGACUUUGUGCGAUAUUAUAGUCAUUGCUCGAUGAAAGAACACAAUGCUCAGUUAGAUACCAAACUCAAAAUACCAGCCUUCAAAGGCACAUUGUGA